AUGGACGCUGCGAAACGUUUGGAAUUAUGUCGGGAAACACAACAGAAUGAAAUCGCGGCUUUGAAGGCAAUUUUCAUGGACGACUUUGAGGAGUUGAAAUCCAAAAAUGCGUGGAACGUAUCUAAUGGAAGGGUCUUCGCUAUUCAUUUAUGUUCUCGUAGUCCGAGCGCUAAAAGCAUUGCAAAAGUUGAUCUCUAUAUCGAGUUGGGAAGAAGUUAUCCCUAUGUUAAACCAACAGUAAAGCUUCAAAAUGGAGAAAAUGUUUUGAAGUCUCAGAUUCGCUUUCUGCUUAAAAAAUUGGAUCAGAAGGCGAAGGAACUAUUGGGUGAAGAAAUGAUAUUUGAAUUCGCUAGUAUGGUACAGGAAUAUUUGAAUGAUUGGCAAUCAGAUCUAUCCUCACAGUUUGCCAGUUUGGAGGAAGAGCGUGCUGUACAACUUCAGCAAGAUAGAGAGCGUGCUGAAAUGGAUGAACAGUUAAAACUAGAAAAAGAGAAGGAAGCUCAUUACGAGGAAGAAAAGAUUUUACAGAAUAAGAUUCGCGAUGAACUUCAACGCCGCUCUUACGAUUCUCCGCAGUCUCCCAAAGAAAAAAAAAUAGAUGACACUAACAAAUUGACUUUUGAUCGAUUGCCUUCUUCAGUUUAUUUUGACUGCUCCAUUUCUGUGAAAAACUACCAAGAUUCUCUCGUUGAAUUUCAUAAAGUGAUUCCAUUAUACAGGAUAUCUAGCUCUCCUCUUUCCACUUUGGCGCUAGCGAAAGCUGAUAUCGAUGAAGCCCUAUUUCCAGAUUGCAUCUUCAUGCUUAGAAUGGUACGGUUAACGAACCCUUACUAUAGUACUGAAGCUGGCAAAAAAUCAAUUCAAGAUUUGGAAAGCGAACUGGAAAAUUUAAAAGUCAUUCGACAUGAUUUACUGGCUUCCAUCUAUGAAUAUCAGUUGCAGCGCGAAAUAGAAAGUCAUGGCUGGCGUCUGUAUAUAUUACAAGAAUAUUCUAACAAACUUACUCUGGCUGGCUUGUUACAAACCAUUGUGACCUUAGACGUAGAGACUGUUCGAACUUUUUCCAAUAACAUUUUAGAAGGACUUGCCGAACUUCAUCGACUAGGAAUAUCUCAUCGCAACCUUCAUUUAGAUAAUGUCAUUUUAUUUCAGUCUGGUCACAAAACUUUCGCUAAACUCAUGGAUUUUUGCUUUACAAGGACUUUACGAGAUAUGAAUGCUUCGUCUCCUUUUCAUACAGAAUCUCAAAGUAUCCCUGGAAUCUUGCCAGAGGAUUUGUAUCCACCGGAAGUCAAUGAAACCUUUUUCAUGUCGGCUUCUCGGAAAACCGAUAUUUGGUGCUUUGGACUCUUGGUUUUACAAAUGCUUUGCGGUAUGCAUGUUUUGCAGAAAUUUUCUUCAAUAAAGCUUUUAUUCAGUCAUGUCAUACCUUUACUGCCAGGACCAUAUCAGGAACUUAUUCGACGUUGCUUGAUGCGUGAUCCUAAAAAGAGGCCGACCGCUACGGACCUGCUUGCAAGUCAAGUAAUCAGACUCGGGACGUCUAUAUUGACUACAGUUGAGCAAGGUUCAUUGGGAAGAAACACCCGGAUGUCCUAUGGCGGACAGGACGGAAUAAUAGAUAUGUUAUACAGAAAAAGCGUCUCGCGCUAUGAAUCUGAUUUUGAGGAAAUUGAAUUCCUUGGCAAAGGUGGAUUUGGGGAAGUGGUUAAAGUAAAGAAUCGCAUUGAUGGACGAUUUUAUGCUAUUAAAAAGCUCUUACUCCACCACAAUGACAAAGAAAACAGCCGAAUUUUACGAGAAGUAAUGACACUUUCACGUCUUCAUCACGACCACGUUGUUCGGUAUUAUACUGCCUGGGUGGAAACUGAUACUAGUGAAAAUUUGAAGGAAUCUGAUUCUGAAGAAGAUUCAUUUGUUCCAUCAUCAAGAAUAACCAGCGAUAUACAACAUUCAAGUAGGUAUACCACAGACGAUUUGUCAGAUCUUGAUAUACAUUUUGAAGGGGAGACUUCUAGUCCAGAAAAUCCUGAACUGUCGCCGGAAACAUCUUAUUCUGCCUCGAAUACUUCUGAAGAUAUUAAUGUGGGUAGAAGUGAAAGCGAUGUACGAACAAUAUACACAAACAAAACUGGAGAGCCGAACCUAAAUGCUACUUUGUAUGUUCAAAUGGAAUAUUGUGAAAAGCUGUCCUUACAAGAUAUUAUUAGGGAAAAACUUCAAGUUGAUGAAAUAUGGCGCCUGUUUAGACAAAUACUAGAAGCGUUGGCGUAUAUUCACAGCCGUGGAAUGAUGCAUCGGGACCUCAAACCUGGAAACGUGUUUUUAGAUGAAAAUAGAAAUGUUAAGUUGGGAGAUUUUGGCUUAGCGACUGAGAACGAGCCUAGUCAGAUUAUCAAUGACAAAUCAAAGAACAGAAAUACUGGCGAUGGUGAACUUACUUCGGGUGUAGGGACGGCUCUCUACGUUGCACCAGAGCUUUUAAAGAAAACUAGCGGUUUGCACUAUGAUGCGAAGGUGGACAUGUAUAGCUUAGGUAUAAUACUGUUCGAGAUGUGUAUGUCAUUUUCAACAUCUAUGGAGCGAAUUCGUUUAAUUGAUGCUAUUAGAUCCCCCUUUAUCUUACUGCCUAAUAAUUUCCCCUUCUCUUUGACGAGCCAUGAAUACAAAGUAAUUCAUUCACUUUUACAGCAUGACCCUGCCAAAAGACCUUCUAGCCAAGAAUUGCUGGAAAGUGAGGCUAUACCUCCUAAAGUUGGCGAAGAAUAUAUCCAAGAAGGUUUAAAAUUGCUAUCAAAUCGAAAUAGUCCCUAUUAUUCAAAACUGUUAAAAGUUCUCUUUAGCCAAGUUCCAGAUAGGCAUAAAGAUUAUACUUAUGAUUUUAACUUGUCGGAAGACGACAAUGCCAUAUCUAGGGUCUUAGAGAGAGGAUGUGACAGUCUUCUUGCUGGAUUGGUUCGAGAUCACAUAGUUCAAGUGUUUCGAAGGCACGGUGCAAAGGAACGAGAGUCACAAGCGUUAUUUCCAAAGUCUACACAGUAUGGUGAAAAUAAAGCUCUGGUUUCCUUAUUAGACAAAGCUGGAACGCUUUUACAGCUUCCUUACGAUACCACAUUGCCUUAUGCAAGGAAUGUAGCCCGUAAUGCUGUUGAAGAGGAAAAAACAUAUUUAAUUGCGGAUGUCUUUAGAGAAUCUUAUGGCGGCGGUAAACCAAAAGCAAUGAAGAAGAUAUCUUUUGAUUUGACUACAAAUUCAGACAAUUUAGACUGGUAUGAUGCGGAAAGUAUAAAAGUUUUGGAUGAAGUGUUGCUUGAGAUUCCAUCAUUAGUCAACAGUUGUAUUUGGAUAAACCAUGCCGAUAUCUUUUCUGGGAUCCUCGACUUUCUACAAAUAUCUAGAGAAAAAAGAAACCGUACGAGCCAAAUUCUCGGCCAAAAGAACCAAGGGUUAUCUUUUUCGCAAAUCCGAAACCAGCUUAGGAAUGAAUCUUUAGUACCUUCAACGACUUUGGAUGACUUGAACCUAUUUGACUUUUGUGUUAGUUUUGACGAAGGUUUAAACAGACUAAGGAGAGUUUUUGGAAAAUCGAUGACGAUUAAAAUGCGCAGCGCGUUAAAUAAUUUAGAAAAAGUUUGGCGUUUUUUGAAAGGGCUGAAACUUUCGCAUCCGGUUUAUUUUGUUCCGCUUUGCGUUCACAGUCAUGAAUUUUAUGAAGGGGGAAUAAUGUUUCAAGCAAUACAUACCCCCGAAAAAGCUGAGCUUUUAUGUGUGGGAGGAAGGUAUGAUAAGCUCGUUAGAUUAUUUGAUCCUCCGUUAAUGAGAACUACCCGAAGAAAACAUGUUGUUGGUAUGAGUUUAGGGCUGGAGAGUAUUGUUUCCUCGGUGUCGCGCUACAUCCGUUUUCACUCCAGGAAGCAAUCAAAAGUACAAACCCGAUCACCUAUAACGAAAACAUUAGGCUCCUGGUUACCUCGUCGUGUGGAUGUCCUUGUAACAAGUAUCGGUAAGGAUUCUAUAAUGGAAAAAUGUGCCUUACUUCAGGAAUUAUGGUCUCUGAACAUUCGAGCUGAUAUUAUUCUACGAGGUGCUACAAGCUUGGAAGAAAUAGUGACGCGUUAUAAAAGUGAAGGAGUAAAUUGGGUUUUAGUGGUAAGGCAAAAAAACACGCAAAUGGAACAUUCGGUGAAAGCUCGAAAUAUCAUGAAAAAUGAGGAUGAUGAAAUCAAAAUAGACGAAGUUGGUGUUUGGCUAUUAGGAGAAAUUAAUGAGCGAAAAAGGAAUGAGAACUUAUCCCAAACAAGGCAGGUGAUUGAUUCCGAUAUCCAAGACUAUGGGAAAUACAAUGAUUCUUCAUCAGAAAUCGAUUUGGAUGUGCAGCUUGUUCCAUUGAAAGCAGCUAGCGACAGAAAAUACAAAUGGAAGCACAAACAAAACGCAAUGAACAAAGUUUAUGAUCUUGUACAGUCAGCAAUACACGAUAGUACUAAAGAUGCCUUGGCAUUAGCAGUAGAUUGUGAUGCCGCAGCCAUGCAGGGACUGAAAAGCACUAGUUUCAAAGAUGACGAUUCUUGGAAAAAGUUGGUUGACAGUUGUCCUGCUUCCCAAAGAGAGUAUAUGCAAAGACUUCAAACGAAACUGACAAGUUUGGCUGAGAAAGGUAGAAAUCGAGUUUGGAUUUGCUCUUUUCGGACCAAUGAAAUAUAUCUUUACGGUUUAAAUUAG